AUGGAGCGCAGUUCGAUGGUAAGAUCUUCAGAAAGCAAUGGACAGGCAGAGGUGUCAAACAAAACCAUCAUCAACGGAGUAAAGAAACAGCUUGAGCAUGCCAAAGGAAAAUGGGUUGAAGAGUUACCCCACGUGCUAUGGGCAUACCGAACCACAACACGACACUCAACGGGCGAAACACCUUACUUCCUAACUUAUGGAAUGAAGGCCGUCAUUCUACUCGAAGUAGGCCUCCCAACCCUUCGAUCUGAAUUGUUUGAGAACACCAGUAAUGAGGAAGCUAUUGCACAAGCACUAGAUAUGGCAGAGGGCCGAAGAGAAUCAGCACUGAUUAGACUUGUAGCGUACCAGCAGCAGCUCAUCAAGAGUUUCAACAAAAAGUUUUCCCAAGCCAAUUUACACCAGGAGAACUGGUUUUGA